UUUCAGCUGUGAGGGCCACUUCUCAGCCAGCUCUCCAGGAUGGUGGAGCCCUUCUUGGGAAACUGGAAACUGGUCUCCAGUGAAAACUUUGAGAAUUACAUGAAAGAACUAGGAGUAAAUUCUGCAACUAGGAACACGGUGGGAUCAGCGAAAGUGAAGAUUAUUAUUAGUAAGGAUGGGGACACAGUAACCAUCCAAACAGAAAGUAUCAAAAGCACGGUUAUCUCCUUCCAGCUUGGAAUAGAAUUUGAUGAAACCACUGCAGACAACCGGAAAGUAAAGGGUGUCAUAACAUUAGACAGUGGCUCAAUGAUUCAUGUCCAAAAGUGGCUGGGCAAAGAAACAACGAUCAAAAGAAACAUUGUAGACAGAAAAAUG